GUGGCACUCGAGCGUGAGGGUAGUCGCACGCGUCCCCUUGUCUGUUUUACUAAAAGUCGAGAGAAUAACUGGUCUGUUUUAAUAACGCGCAAGUACUAACGAUUUCAAACAACACAAUAAUUUAAAUAUAACGAAGAACAAAGUUUUAAAUAAUAUAAUUUAUAAAGGAUAAAACAAGGACAGGAGAAACUCCCUCUGAUUAAAUUUAGUCAGUUGAUUUUUGGAGAAGAGAAUUCCAAAAAAGGCUUCUUCAGUUUUUCCCUCGUUGAACAUAGAGUAGAAGAUUUUUUUAUUAUCUGAGGAAUCCACGUUGAGAGAGAGAGAGAGAGAGCAGUAAAGGCGACAAUUCCACAGUGAAACAUUUAUAAUUUUAUUUAAAUAGAUGUAUAGCGUAUACAUGAGAUUGGUGUAACGACGGAGUGACAUUAUUUCUUCAAAUAAAUACCGAACGACAGAAUAACGAACUCAUACGACCUUCGACGUCUGAUAUACUCUGAAAGGAGAAAAUAAGACAAUUGUUUGGUAUUUAAAAGUGUGUGAGAUAUUGAUAAAUCAACCAAAGGCUAAAUUCAAAAAUCAAAACAGAAACGGGAGUUGAGGAGAGAGAGAGAAGAAAAAGAAUUUCAUCGUGUUUAUAAUUUAUUUUUGUACGAAAAGCCAUUUCACACAUAAUUUUUCUACUUUUCGCACACAAUACCGACGAAAUAAUACUCGAAGAACAUUAAAACCCUAAAUUACAGUGACGAGAGUAAAAUAACGACUGAAAUUAACGUGUCAAAUAUCCAAGUGAUCAACAAUUUAUUCGUCAGUCAUUCGACAACGCUGGGAGUGACUCAUUCAGAUAGAAACUAAUAUUUCAUUGGAAUUAGAGUAAAGAGAUGCCGACCAGUUUAUUUAGCGACAUGGAUCGCAGUGUUUGUACGGCUGGGGCUGGCUCCAUCGAGGAGCAGCGUGCCCUUCAGCUUGCUUUUGAGCUUUCAAUGUUGAGUAUCGAGGGUACACAGGGCUGUGGAGGAGCCGGUGGUGGUGGUGCUGGUAAUAUCACUAAUUCAGAUCCAAGUGAUCCACUACAGUCAACACCAACCAGUGUCUUCGAGGAGGCGAGAUCCAAGAAGAGUCAGAAUAUGACUGAGUGCGUUCCUGUACCGAGCAGCGAACACGUGGCUGAGAUCGUGGGACGACAGGGUUGCAAGAUAAAAGCCCUCCGUGCAAAAACAAAUACCUACAUAAAGACACCAGUACGCGGUGAGGAGCCAGUAUUCGUUGUUACCGGUAGAAAAGAGGAUGUUGCACGUGCAAAGCGUGAAAUAUUAUCAGCGGCUGAGCACUUUUCACAAAUUCGUGCAUCACGAAAGAGUUCACUUGGUGCACUGCUUGGUACACCACCCGGGCCACCGGCAUCAGUGCCAGGACACGUGACAAUUCAGGUACGAGUGCCAUACAGAGUUGUUGGUCUUGUUGUUGGGCCAAAGGGUGCAACAAUCAAAAGAAUUCAACACCAGACACACACGUACAUUGUCACACCGUCGCGCGAUAAGGAGCCUGUUUUCGAAGUAACUGGAUUACCAGAGAGCGUUGAGGCAGCUAAGCGUGAAAUUGAGGCGCACAUUGCAUUAAGAACAGGUACAACAGCUGGUCCUGGUAUGGUUGGUGAAGAGGUUGAUCUGUUGGGUGCACUUUGUCGCGGUGGAUUGGGAUCAAUUCUUGGUAGUCUAGAUCCACCAGGCUCUAAUGGCUCUAAUGGCUCGAGCAGCGGUGCAUUCUCGAGUAGUGGUAGUUGCAGCAGUUCAUCAAGCAGCUCAGGUGCACCAGGACUCAAUGAUCUCGUUGCCAUUUGGGGUGCUGGACUCGAGCGUGACGAGGGCCUUGGUGAAUCACCAUCAUUCGAAUCACAAGCAGCAUCGGCAUCAUCAAUCUGGUCAUUUCCUGGUGUUGCAUUACCAUCAAGGCCAUCACCACCAGCAUCAGCUAGUCCAGCAAGCCCCACAGACUCACUACUAGGCAGUGGUAGCGCUGGUGGUAGACGUGAGUGUGUCGUUUGUGGGGAUAAGGAGGUAACAGCGGCACUUGUACCAUGUGGACACAAUCUAUUCUGUCUUGACUGUGGUAAUCGCGUUUGCGAGAGCUCCGAUCCAAGUUGUCCAGUGUGCUCCAGGCCUGUACUACAGGCACUGCGAAUUCUCUCUUAAGCAGAGUCACUAUUGUCGAUUAUCAGUGGUCUAUUAUUUUUUAUU